UUUCAUAGAUGAAAGCCUAAUGAAGUACAAUAUAACAUAAUAAUAUCUCAAUAUUCAAUAUUCAAGAAAUUAUUUCAAUACAUUUAAUAAAAAUUACAAUUGCAAUAGCACUCUUAAGCGCUAGUAUAGUAAUUAUUGUAAGCUUAGCCAACUAGCAGGCUGUCCCGGCAUUGCUCAGUGGCUAAUCAAAUGGCUGAGAAUGGAAUGCAGACAAUGGAAGAUCUGCAGCCUAUUCCGUUGAUAUUGUGCAUGGAAAAUGCUGCAGGGGAGGAGAUAUCGCUCAGGAUAGAGCCUGAAGAUGACUUCCAGACCUUUCUGGAUAAGGCCAAAUCUGUACUAGGCUUCGAUGUUGAUAUAAAUUCUAUAACGCGCAACCAACCGGUCUCGCUAGACGACAACAUAUACCAAUUUCUCAUAAACUCCGAGCAGACAUACGAAACCGCCCUAAACGAGAAUUACGACCAAAUUCUCGAACAGACCGGCGAAAAUGACGAUUUAGUUUACGUUUUAGACGACGGGACCCAAAUUAGAGCGUCCCAAAUCCAUUUCGACAAUGAGGACCCACCCGUGGAUCUCACUGCUGAGAAAAUACCGUUCGUAAAAUACGCUGACGUCCCACCCGAUGACAUCGAAGUAGAUAUCACAGAAGACGUCAACAUCAAGAAUUAUAAUAUUGUGGAAAGUCCCGUCUCGCGGUGGUCUAGCAAAAAUUCCAGUCCAAAAUUAAGCUUUAUCAACAGUCUACCAUUUAAAUUGGUCUGCAACAACACAUCUGGUUUUGAAGCACAGUUCACAAAAUAUCUGGAAACUAACACUAACGCACCAAAAACUUAUGCGACUUUGAACCCUGUUGUUAAUAGAAAUAAGAGUCCAAGAAGUCUGAUCAACGAUAAUUUUAAGAAUUACAAUGAGAAUUUCAAUAGGACCGAUGAUUUCACAGCAUUCACACGUGAAGAGAUACUCAAUAUGUUCAAAGACUCCCCGGUAGCGUCUUUACCGUACAAGAACCCGGUUUUGGAGAAAAGGAGGCAUGUACGCAAAUCUGAUCCAUCGAGGCUUCACAAGUCUUGGAUAACGAAGUCAAAUUACGAUGACGGCGUAUUGAUCGUUGAUAGUGAGAGCAAGAAUUGCUUUAUAUGUGGGAAAUAUGUUGAAAAUAAUCUGGAUAAGUUGUAUUUGUUUGAUAAUGAAGACCAAAAGAUUCAUAGGUCGUCUCCGCAGAAGAAAAUGUCGAGACAGUUGAAGAUUAUUUGCGAGAGUUGUUUGGGCGAAAAUUUUAGGCCGUGUAGAAUGAAAGGGCCUAACCAAUGCUUGAACGCAGACGAAUAUUUAGUGAUAAGGAAUAACCAACAGUACAUCUUUCAAAAAGUCACAGAUUUCUCCUUCAAAAAGGAGUUUGACAAAGAACCGGUCGAAGAUGCAGGAUUGGAACUAAAGAAGGUUGAUAAAGAGGAAUUGGUGAAUGUUGAAAUAGGCUCCGACGGUGAGAUCAUAACGAAACCCGUGGACAAUGACGUGGACUGCGAUGACGUCAUACUGAUCAAAGACGAUCCGAGCUCCAGCGAGCCGGAAGUCGUGGAGCCGCCGGAAAUAGACGACGUCAUAGACAAUCUCGACGACGCCGAUGAGGAGGUGAAGGAGUUUCUGGGAAAAUACCAAUGUGACCAUGCGACCGAGUUGAAAUGUCGAUUUUGCGACACUGUAUUCCCUGCUUUGCUAGAAGUGAUGGAUCACUGUGAGAUCCAUAAGCAUGAAAUUGAGGACGGCGUGGUGUUUCCGUGUCCGCUCUGUAAUUAUGGUUACGCAAAUGUGAAGUGGUUGAAGGCACACGUGAAAGCUGCGCAUGAGAAGAAGGAGAAGAUAACGGAGAAUAAAGAAUCUAAUAUGACUAUUGAAGUAGACAAAGGGUUUUUGGCGUGUGUUCCAGAGGAAGAUGUAAAAACGUACCCGGAUAACGAACCCGGAUCCCCCGUUGCAAAGCGCACGCGAAGCUCCAACAAGAAAUCUGACGAAGAAGGAAAGGUUUCUCCACAUUUGAAGGAGCCGAAAGAAGAAAUAAAACAAGAGAAUAUUGAGAAGGGAGAGACGACUAUAGAAGUGGAAGUGAAACAGGAGAACAUAGUGAGCAGCGACGACGAGAUAUGGAUCGUGCAUACCGGAGAAGAACAAUUGGAGAAUAUUUUCCAAAAACAGGGUGAGGAAGAAAAGGGCGCAACCCUCAAGAAAACCCACAAGUGUAUCAAUUGCAGUCAAAUCUUCACAUCGGCCGAAGUGUUUGCAAGCCACAAGUGUCGGAAGCGCGGACGCAAGCCUAAAUCAAACGACGUAGUUGCGAUUGAUGAUGAUGUCAAGAGACCACCAGGUAGACCGAGAAUAUGUGACAAGAAAUCAAGCAACGACUUGCUUGUUGAGAGGCAUCGCAAGCGCAAGGACAAGGCCCCCACUUCGGACCCGCAGAUCGUCACGUGUCACAACUGCAAUGAAUCGUUUACGUCCAAAGUGCGCCUCAAAUUUCAUAUGCAAUUCCACGAGACAACUAGCCUGCUGACUUCAGACGGCCGCUACUCCUGCGCAGAAUGCGAGGGCGCUACGUUUUCGACUGAAAGCGAACUGUUCGAUCACGUUCAUUUCAAACAUGACAAGCAGAAAAGAUGGCAGUGUCCAGUUGCUGAUUGCGGGAAGACUUUUUAUCUGAGGGCAACGUUGACAAAACACAGCCGCAGUCACACAGACACGCGGCGCUAUGUGUGCGUCACUUGCGGGAAGAGAUUCUUGGACAAACAGACGCUAGACGAACACGGCGUCACACAUUUGCAGAUCAAGCCGUUCCAGUGCCACAUCUGCCUGAAGCAGCUGACGCGGCGCUCGCGCCUGCGCAUGCACCUGCGCGCGCACGAGGAGGCGCUCGCGCCGGAGCUCGUGCUGGUCUGCGCAGUGUGCUGCCAGGCCUUCAAGAAUGUGGACGAUGCCCAGGAACAUGCGUCCAAAUCUACUGAAUGCAUUGAAGAAUUUGCCAGUGAAUUGAAGGAGGAGGAAGGUGAGGAAACCCAGCUGUCACCCACCAGUGGGCUCGUGCGACCUACGGUUCAAGUGGCAGGUGUUACAGAAUCACCCAAACUCUCGAAACCAAUAAAACGUCAAGUUGACAACGCGAAAGCUGAGCCCCUACUAUCGAAACUGGCGGACGAAGCUCGCGCCAUCAUACGAGUGGUUGAGAUUGAGAAGGCUUUCCGCUGCGAGUACUGCGAAGACGUCUUUUAUCUAGAAGAGGGUUUGAACAACCACCGUCUGAUCCACAAGGGAGUGAAAAAUCCCUUCAUAUGUCAUAUUUGUAAAGUAGCUUUCGCCACUUAUUCCAGGUGUACUACACACAAAACGACCCACGGGUUCUAUAAGCGCCCUCUAGCGGAGGCCAAGAAGAGGGCGGAGACUUCGAACCUGAAGCCCGAAGCCGGCCCAGCCGCCACCGGCAUACUCGGCUAUGGGGGAUUCCCCGUGGUCAAGCAUUUUUUGUGCGGGGACUGCGGUCGCUCUUACCUCCACUGGACAUAUCUGCAAGUCCACCGCCGCAUGAAGCACGCAAACGACAACUUUCUAUACAAGUGCAAUCAGUGCGAACUUACUUUUCCAAACAGUUGGAGUUUAGCAUAUCACAGGAAGAAAAUUCACUGCAAGAAUGCUGAGGACAGCGGUCCUUCUAAGGCUUCGAAAGAAGAUUACAGGAUUCCGUGUCGUGACUGUGAAGAGUUGUUGCCAAACAAAACUGCACUUUAUAAGCACAGGAAGAAGGAACAUAGUGACAUGUCGCUGAGUAUACUUAGCAAACCAGAACUGUGGUGCGACUCGUGCGGCAAGGAAUUCUUCACCCGUGCAGGUCUGGAGAGCCAUCAGAAGACUCAUGUUUGCCGCGAGGGUCAAAGUUUGAUGCCCGGAACCGAAACACCAUAUCACCCUUCCGUAUGCUCGCAGGCGACCGGUCGCCCUUUCAGGAGAUCAACAGUGAUGCGCAACCAGAGGUCAUUACCAGGGGUGGUGUCGUGGUCCUGUGCCCGCUGUUCCAAGCGGUUCCGCACCCGGAGCGACUUGAAAACCCACAUGAGACUAAAACACCCUGCCUACUUGGCCGUCAUAGAGAUAGCUGGUCUGAAUCCAUCCCCUGAGGAGGUGAUGGAACUGCUCCGAGUGAACAACAUCCAGCACGAGCGAGUGAUCGAGAUCACCAAGAUGUCCUUUGUCAAGGGCACUUCAAGUGUGAUUCCUACUUGUGCCAGAGCACUGUCGCUGCUGAGCAACGUGCCGCAGCAGACUGUGGACUACCAGCCCAAGACUGAACCUGAGUACCCUGCGUUCAACAUAGUGCGGUCGCCGCGCAGGCCCAAGAUAUUGCAGCGCGGAGACGAGACAUCACAGGAUAAUAAGUACCCCAUGGUUUUACCAGGAGAGCUCCCUCUGCUGGAAGGCGGCGGAAUGCUGCGUUUACAAUUAGACGACAGCGUCAUGUUACAAUAAUUUUAAAUCAUUUUUUAGCUUUGCCCACAGCUGGACAAAGUCAUCAAAGUUCUUUGUCCCACCUUUUUUUAUUUUUGACCCAGUAAUCUUAUCAUUUAUGAAAUAUUGCAAUUAAGUAAUAUUGUAAGUUUUCGAUUCAUAAGAUACAGCCCUGAGGCAGGGGAGACUGAGGGACAGCGAAGGCUUAGUACCUAAUAGGUUCCCGUUUUACUAUUUGGCUACGGAACCCUAAACGUCGACCAUAAGGUACUUACUAUAUGUGGAUUGUCACAUAAUGUUAAUGUAAUAUAGGCAUGUUGUUAUAAAUAUACUGAAAAUAAAGGUAUGA